UUCGGUAAGAAAACGACCAGUCCUCUCCCUCCCGGUUCUCUCUCGCUAGAUCCGCAACAAUCCUUCACCCCCACCCCAAAACCCAAAAAACUCCUCAGAUCCGGCCGCGUUCCUUCACUUUCCCGAGAAAAUUACAGCAGAAAAAAAGAUGUCCCAUAGCGACACCGUACCCCUUCACCCUUCCUCCCAAUCCGACAUCGACGAGAUCGAGAACCUCAUCCACGCCAGCGUCCAAUCCGCCCCCGCCACAGUGCUUCCUGCCCGACCGCCCAGCCCGCCGCGCGCCUCUAUCCCCGUUGUCUCUUCCUCACCAUUCUUACAGUCCAAUCUCCCUCCACCACUGCCACCCUCUUCCAACCAGAAGGUGCCAUCUGUCCCUGAACCUCCUCCUCCGCCAUCCUCUAGUAUCGGUGCGAGUGGGUUCGGUUCGGCCCCGAACACGCUUACGGAGCCGGUAUGGGACACGGUAAAGCGCGAUCUGUCGAGAAUCGUCAGCAAUCUCAAGCUCGUAGUGUUCCCGAACCCUUAUAGGGAGGAUCCCGGCAAGGCGUUGCGUGAUUGGGAUCUCUGGGGCCCCUUUUUCUUCAUUGUCUUCUUGGGUCUAGCUCUCUCCUGGUCUGCUUCCGUAAAGAAGUCUGAGGUUUUUGCGGUUGCAUUUGCGCUACUUGCUGCUGGUGCUGUAAUUCUGACAUUGAAUGUACUGCUACUGGGUGGACAUAUAAUCUUCUUCCAAAGUCUGAGUUUGCUGGGUUAUUGCCUGUUCCCUCUUGACGUUGGAGCCCUAGUCUGUCUGUUGAAGGACAAUGUGAUACUGAAAGUGAUUGUGGUAAGUGUGUCGUUGGCGUGGAGCUCCUGGGCUGCUUAUCCUUUCAUGAGUUCAGCAGUCAACCCCAGGAGAAAGGCCCUUGCCCUCUAUCCUGUUUUUCUCAUGUAUGUAUCUGUCGGUUUUCUCAUCAUUGCCAUUGAUUAGUACAUCAGCUUUGCCUACUAUACAGAUUCGAAUGAGCAUCAUAAAUGCAAUUUGGGUUAUAGAAAAAUUCAUGUAAUGAACUGUUUUCUUUUCUUUUCAUAUUACUGUAUUUUUUUUUACUUCUGAGUCGACAUGUUUGGAGGCAAUUCUGUGAAUAUUCCGAACUAGCUAUAUGAAACAGUAUACAAGUUGCUUUAA